GCUUGGCUCAACGGCGGCGCUGCGAAGGGGAGGCAGGCGGGAAGGAGCGCAUCUCUGGCCGGCCGCGGGGCUCUGCCCGCCCCCCUUCCUGAUCCGUUUCUCUCUCUCUGAUUUAGAUCAGACCCAAUUCUUUUAUUUGCACUUGUACCUAGAGCGGAGCCCCCCUCCACCGUCCGUCCAGCAACGGCCCAGCACUGCGCGCGCUUCAGCGGCCAAGGAGGAGCCCGGCGCGUAUCGCGACCACCGCUUCGGGCGCUACACCAUGCCGGACAAGAAGUUCUUCGAGAACCUCUCAGGGGCCGGGAAGGCCAUCGGGGUGCUGACCAGCGGCGGCGAUGCGCAAGGUAUGAAUGCCGCAGUCCGUGCAGUAGUGCGUAUGGGAAUUUAUGUUGGCGCAAAAGUGUAUUUUAUCUAUGAGGGAUACCAAGGUAUGGUUGAUGGAGGUGACAACAUUGCUGAAGUGUCAUGGGAAAGCGUUUCAAGCAUCCUCCAAGUGGGAGGGACAGUGAUUGGCAGUGCACGCUGCAAAGAUUUUCGGACCCGGGAAGGCCGUUUGAGGGCAGCCCGCAACCUGGUGAAGUGCGGGAUUACUAACCUCUGCGUGAUUGGUGGGGAUGGAAGCUUAACCGGUGCUAAUCUCUUUCGUGAGGAAUGGAGUGGACUGUUAGAUGAACUGGCAAAGAAUGGUGAAAUUGAUGACGAAGCUGUUAAGAAGUACGCUUACCUCAACAUUGUGGGAAUGGUUGGCUCCAUUGAUAAUGACUUCUGUGGCACGGAUAUGACCAUUGGCACUGACUCAGCCUUGCACAGAAUCAUUGAAGUUGUGGAUGCCAUCAUGACCACUGCUCAAAGCCAUCAGAGGACUUUCGUCCUGGAAGUGAUGGGAAGACACUGUGGAUACCUAGCUCUUGUUAGUGCCUUAGCCUGUGGUGCAGACUGGGUUUUUAUUCCUGAAUAUCCACCUGAGCAAGGAUGGGAAGAUCAGAUGUGUGCAAAGCUUUCUGAGAACCGUGCACGAAAGAAAAGGUUGAAUAUUAUAAUUGUAGCGGAAGGUGCCAUUGAUUGUCAUAACAAAUCUAUCACUUCAGAGCAAAUUAAGGAACUCGUGGUGCAGCGGUUGGGGUAUGAUACUCGUGUAACGAUCCUUGGCCAUGUUCAAAGAGGAGGCACUCCCUCUGCUUUUGAUAGGAUUUUGGCAAGCCGCAUGGGUGUGGAGGCUGUCCUUGCCCUUCUAGAGGCUACACCUAAAACUCCUGCCUGUGUUGUGUCUCUGUCUGGAAACCAAUCUGUCCGCCUGCCAUUGAUGGAGUGUGUGCAGAUGACCCAAGAAGUGCAGAAAGCCAUGGAUGGAAGAAAAUUCCUCGAGGCUGUGCAACUGCGUGGAAGGAGUUUUGAGAAUAACUUGAACACUUACAAGCUAUUGUCUACCAAGAAAUCAGCUGCUGAGCUUCCUAAGACUAACUUCAAUGUAGCUGUUUUAAACGUAGGCGCUCCAGCAGCGGGGAUGAAUGCUGCUGUUCGUUCCACUGUAAGAAUUGGUAUAACUGAGGGACAUAACAUGUUUUCUGUCACAGAUGGAUUUGAAGGCUUUUCCAAAGGGCAGAUCAAAGAAAUCACCUGGGGAGAUGUUGGGGGUUGGACUGGCCAAGGAGGGUCAAUUCUUGGCACAAAACGCACACUCCCUGGAAAGUAUUUGAAGAAGAUUGCAGAACAAAUGCGUGAUAAUAACAUAAAUGGCCUCGUGGUUAUUGGUGGAUUUGAGGCCUACCUGGGACUUUUGGAACUCUGUGCUGCUCGGGAGACACAUGAAGAGUUCUGUAUUCCCAUGGUUAUGGUUCCUGCAACCGUUUCCAACAAUGUACCAGGUUCUGAUUUCAGCAUUGGUGCAGACACUGCUCUGAACACUAUAACUGAUGCCUAUGAGAGCUGCCUGCAGUUAGCUGAAGCACGAUCCCAGUUUGAGGAAUUUUGCAUCCCUAUCUGUAUGUUGCCUGCCACUAUUAGCAACAAUGUGCCAGGCACUGACUUCAGUAUUGGUGCUGACACCUCCCUGAAUACCAUUGUGGAGACCUGUGACCGAAUCAAAUUGUCAGCAAGUGGGACAAAGCGUCGUGUGUUCAUCAUCGAGACAAUGGGUGGCUACUGUGGGUACCUGGCAAAUAUGGGAGGCCUUGCCUCAGGGGCUGACGCUGCAUACAUCUUUGAAGAGCGCUUUGAUAUUCGGGAGCUCCAGGCCAACGUGGAACAUCUGACCCAGAAGAUGAAAACCGGCAUUCAGCGUGGUUUAGUGCUGAGGAAUGAAAACUGCAGUGAGAAUUACACCACUGACUUCAUUUACCAGCUGUAUUCUGAGGAAGGGAAAGGAGUCUUUGACUGCCGAAAGAAUGUCUUGGGUCACAUGCAGCAGGGUGGCGCCCCUUCUCCAUUUGAUAGAAACUUUGGGACAAAAAUUGCAGCAAAAGCUGUACUAUGGCUCUCUAAGAAACUGACAGAAUCCUAUCAACGAGGAAAAAUAUUCACCAACAGUGAGGACUCCGUCUGCCUCCUGGGCAUGCGAAGAAGAAAUCUUGUUUUCCAGCCUGUGGGCCAGCUUAAGGAUGAAGCAGACUUUGAGCACCGAAUUCCCAAGGAACAGUGGUGGUUGAAACUUCGUCCCUUGAUGAAAAUCCUGGCCAAGUACAAGACCAGCUACGAUGUUUCGGAUUCAGGCCAGCUAGAGCAUGUGCACAGACCAAGACACUCAGAUGCCUGAGCAGAUGACCAAGUAUAGUCAUAAUGCUGAAGUUGUAUUCACUCUCUGUUGUGUGUCCACAAUGCUUUAGAUUACUUGUUACAGCUUUUUUUUUGUAACAUCUAACUUAUUGUACCAGCACUUUAUGUGGAAAAAAACAAAAAGCAAGUGUCACAGAAGUUUUCUACCGGACAUUGUCUUAGGCUUCAAAUACACACACACACAAACCUAGUGCCCAACUUAAGAUAACCCAAUUACCAAUGUGAUCCUUACCAGAAACCUCUGCAAAACCUGUUCUAUGCACUCAGUUCGAUGUUAUCAUCUCUUGCACUUUUACCACAGAUAGUGUUUGCACUCUAUGAAAUAUUAGAGAGAGGCUUAGAUUUGUGUCAAAUUCAAAGAACAAAAAUAUAUGUAUGCCCUAACCGGAAUAAAAUACUGUAUUACAAACAA